AUGGCCGCCCACGUUCCGCCGCGCCUCGCACAACGGAUUCCGCCGACGAUUUUCCGCAUAGCACUCUCUCGUCGUUCGGCCUCGCGUCUACGACUCACUUGGAAAUUUAUCACCCUCUUCGCGCCACGACUCCCGAUGAACCACCUCGCUCAACGACCUCCCCUUCAUCGCCCCCACGCCCUGGCCCCGUCACUCUCACGUCCUGGCCCCUUCAGCCUCACGCCCUGGCCCCUUCACCCUCACGCCCUGGCCCCAUCAUUCUCACGCCCUGGCCCCUUCACCCCCACGCCCUGGCCCCUUCACCCCACGCCCUGGCCCCAUCACCCUCACGCCCUGGCCCCUUCACCCUCACGCCCUGGCCCCUUCACCCUCACGCCCUGGCCCCAUCACCCUCACGCCCUGGCCCCAUCACCCUCACGCCCUGGCCCCAUCGCCCUCACGCCCUGGCCCCCUCACCCCCACGCCCUGGCCCCUUCACCCUCACGCCCUGGCCCCUUCACCCUCACGCCCUGGCCCCUUCACCCUCACGCCCUGGCCCCAUCACCCUCACGCCCUGGCCCCUUCACCUCACGCCCUGGCCCCAUCACCCCACGCCCUGGCCCCUUCACCCUCACGCCCUGGCCCCAUCGCCCUCACGCCCUGGCCCCAUCGCCCUCACGCCCUGGCCCCAUCGCCCUCACGCCCUGGCCCCUUCACCCUCACGCCCUGGCCCCUUCACCCCCACGCCCUGGCCCCAUCACCCUCGGCGGCGGGAGAAAGUCCCCCUCCGUCGAAGCCUUCAGCCCGUGUUAA